GUGUGCUGUAGUAGAUGCAAUGACGUGAUUGUUAUGUUUAAUUUGUGUUAUGCCGGUUUGUGUACUGUAGAUAAAGGAAAAUCUGCAUUAUCAUAAGCCAUCUAGCAUUAAUUUGCUUGUAAAACUGAUUUUGCUCAACAUUUUAAUUUAAACCAUACAGUUUUGCUAACAUUGUGAUGGUUAGGCCUAAGCAUUGUUUGUCAAAAAUGCUUGGAAUAAUGUCCUGGUCAAAUUUAUUUGGGUGCUUCUCCGUUACCGAAUAAAUUAAGCAACCAGUUAAGUAGCUGCAAAGAAAAAUUCCACCCAUUAAAAUUAUCAAUAUGCUUAAGUUUGUGCUUAAUUAUUUAGUAUUCUUCAUUACCAUAGUUUUAGCAACAGUGAGUGAUGUUGUUAGUUUUGGAGAGGUGAUCUAUGCAAUUAAUGCCGGUGGAGAGGCAUUUACAGACAGUUUAGGAAUAAAAUAUGAAAGAGACCCUCUUUUUGGUAAAGUAGGAACUGCUUCAGACUAUGGGAAACAGCUUCUAAUUGGAAGAGUACCAUCUCAAGACCAAAUUUUAUACCAGACUGAAAGGUACCAUCAUAGUACUUUUGGAUAUGACAUUCCAAUUCAUAAAGAUGGAGAUUAUGUCAUGGUUCUAAAAUUCUCUGAGGUUUAUUUCAAUUCACCUAAUAUGAAGGUUUUUGAUAUAGUUUUGAAUGGCGACCAUACAAUAGUGACUGAUUUGGACAUCUACGAUAGAGUAGGAAGAGGAGUGGCUCAUGAUGAAUACAUUACCUUCAGUGUCAAUCGAGAUAGGCUCUACUACAAUGAAGAGGAAUCAGACAUUAGAGGAGGAAAGAUAAGAGUUGAAUUUAUUAAAGGUUACCGGGACAAUCCUAAGAUAAAUGCAAUAUAUGUUGUGAAAGCAAAGCUUGAAGACGUGCCUAGACUGCCGCCGUUGCCAGAGGUGGAGGAGUGGAAGGGAGACGAAGUGGAGGAACGUCCGUCUACUGGUAAGAACCGUCGCGCCAGUGGCCCUCGCACACCUGACCCCUACAGUGUGGAGGACUCCUCUAUCAUGCUGCCAGUGUUUGUGGCCAUUGGGGCCUUCAUCCCUUUACUCUUCUGCCUCUGCAAGCUUUGAUUUUAGUAAUGCACAUUUCACUUUUUUCAGAAUUCUAUGUUUUUACCUGCUAAGAAACAACAGGUUUGCUAUUUCAAAUGUUUUUCUUUAGGAACGCAAUUUAAAAAUAAAUUUCAACAAUGGUGCUCGUAAACUGUAAUUUAAAAAAAAUAUUGUUUGUAUGAUAUUUUAAUUAGGUACUAUAACGGAAUAAGUUUAAAGAAACUAAAAUAAAUUAUGUGAUGGAAGCAAAAUUGAACAUAUAUGUCGGAAAAUUGAAUGUCAUUGAAUUUUAACUGCUCUAAAGUUAAUUAACAAUCAUUUAAAUGAAACUAAUUGACUAAUACAACUUGCUGCAGUACACCCUCUCUUAGUUGUUCUUCUCAAGACUGAAGUUGGUUUAAGCAAGCACUUUUAUAAAAUACUGCAAAAAUAAUUGUCAUUAAAACUAAUGGAUAAAGAUAUACAUUUUGAUGCACAACUAAGCAAUUCUUCCUUAUUUUGCAAUGUUAAAUAUUUACAUGUAAAUGUACAAAGUCAAAAUUACAAUAUUGCGUGUGGGUCAUAAAAAAAUUACAACCGCAUUUACAACGCCUAUUUAAACUGCAUUGUGGCUGGGAACAGAAGUCUCUUGAUUCCUAGAUAAUUUAUAAAUAGAAAUACUUUUUUUAAAUGCCACGUUUGAAACACACUAAAAAGUAGAAAAUAAUUUAUAAAUAUGUGGAAAGAAUAAAUACUUGUAAGAUUUAAAACGAAAUGCUAUUGCAUUGGGGUUAUGCAAUAGCUAAUUUACAAUUUAUUUUUUUUCAAUUGUGAAUUAUCUUCACCUAUUGAAGUAUUAUCUAUUGCAUGCACCCCACUUUUUUUUGUUUUAAAUCUUAAAAGUUUUUAUUCUGUUCACAUAUUUAUAAAUUAUUUUCUCAUUUUUAGCGUGGUUAAAAACGUGGUAUUUUUUAAAAAUAUUUUUAUUUAUAAAUUAUUUUCUAUACUUCUUAGUCUUGCGUAAACAUGUUAAAUCUAUUAUAUAUGGCCUGUACAUAACCAAAACCUUAUUAUCUGUAAUCCGAUGUUUUAUCUUUACUUUGAAAUGGUGUUUUAUAUUUUAAGAAUCUCUCGGGAGCAGAACCUGUACCUCUUAACCUCUGCUCUUUGAACUGUCAAAUUUAGGUAUUUACAUUUAGGUUAUUUGUUUUCAAAAUGUAAACAUUGAAACUUUGGAAGCCCGUGGGGCGUAUCCCAAGGGAAAUAUGAAAAUAAAAUGAUUUAAUGCAUUGUCAUCCAUUUGUGAGCUAUGUUUAAAGUUUCAAGUCUCUAGCUCAUCGGGAAGUUGGUUUAAUAUCAAUUACAAAAUUUGUACUGGACAAGAAAGCGAGCUAAUAAAAAAGUUUUAAAAAGGUUGGAAAGAAACUAACCGAUUUUAAAAUUAUGGUAGAUAAAGAUAAACCAACCCCUAUUUCCAACCAGGUAGGGGGGUUGGGAGUUAUCCCAGCAGAAGUUGAACCAGAGUUCAUUAUGACAGAGAGUACUGUGUUUAUAUAAAGAUACAAAUUCAUUUUGCUUUGUAUUGUUUAAACAGUUUUGUAGGCAAAGGUCAACUUAAUGCACUAAGCCAACAAAUCAUUCAUACCCCAGAGAGAAGAGCAUUGCUGUUUACAGUAAUUUUACACCUGUUUCAGCUUAUUCACCUGUUUACAAGUUUAGUGCAAUAAUAAAAUAAAUACAAGAACUGACUUAAGGUUCAUAACUUUAAGAUGACAUUAGUAUUAUUAAAGGAGUGUUGCUUUGUUUGUUGGUUGGUUAUGGGUUAUGUUAUUUUUUUUAAGAUGUUUAUAAGACAUUUUUGUUUGCCAAGCUUGUUUUAGUAAUUUUUCUGUACAUAUUAUUGACCUCGGUCUUAAUUAGCUAAGUGAAUGUAUGGAGUGUAUUUCAAGUGAUUAUACAUUUUAACUGUUAUCAGUGUGAUUUGUAUUCAAUCAAAGUGAUGCAUGCUGAGAAAUGGCAUGAGACAAGUUUUAAAACCAUUUUAUUUAUUGAUAAGACAGAUUUUGUCCUCGAAUCAUCUUUUACCUCAGGACUACAAGUAUUUAUAUGAUUUAGCUCAAAGCGUUGACAUUAUUUAAAAAAAUACCAUUACUUUAGCCAACAAGUUGUAUUUCUAACAUAUCUAUCAUCAAUCCACAUCUUAGGUUUGUAGUCCGUGUAGAUUUAAUCUUUCAAAUGUAUGUUAGUUCUUUUGCAAUUGUUGUUAUGAAACAUGUUACGUUCUGCUCCACUAAAAGCACAACAGUAAGUUUACAUAAGACUCUAGCUCUGUAUAAAUAUUUGCAUUGUUUAUUUAUCAGCUUACUUGAUGUAAGUUACAAUUAGGCUACUUACAGUUUUGCAUGAACUAUAUUUGUUGCAAAAUUAUAUUUAGUAAGAGUUCCUAAGACUGCAAGUUAAACACAAAAGUGCAAUUUGUUAUAAUUUGUGUUUGUGAUAUAUAUAAGAAAAGUGUAAUAUGUACUUAAUUUUAUUAGUACACAUUAUAUAAUAUAUGGAUAGAAAAAGUUUUAUUAUUUGUACCUUUGCGACGUACAUUUCCUUAACGGGAAAAUUAUAUAUGCAGUCGCAACCGUUGCCUAGAUAGCUCAGCCUGACAGUUGGGUGUAAUUCCAGUGUAGGGAAACCACUAGACUGAGAGCCGGGUCUAA